AUGAAUGGAUUAGGGUUUGAAUUUUCAAUUCGUAAAUUGUAAUAAAUAUGUUCGUUCGUAGCCCAAAAUGAAGGAUGAAAAUAGAUUUAAGCCCAGCCCACUUCAAUUCUAAGACAAAACCAGGACUUCCAUUGAUUUAUUUGCAGGGGGAGAUAGGAGAGGAGGGUAGAGGGAAGGAGAGAAAAUGGAGGCAGUGAAAGUGUGGAGUAGGCAGGUUCUUAACUUGUCAUCUUCAUCUUUUGCACUCACUCUCAAAAAAUCAUCUUAUCCUUCUACGCGACUCUUACGCUGCUCUUCUUCUUCUUCUUCUUCUUCUUCUUCGUCUCCGGUCUCCACAACCGCACCACCCACCACCAAACUCCCUUCUCGCAGCAAUCGCCGUUCCUCUCCCUCCUCCAGUUCAACCUCUGACAGAGAAGCCGUCCGUUCCAUUCGUCUCCAAAAGGUUGAAGAGUUGAGGAGCAAAGGUUUUGAGCCUUAUGCUUACAAAUGGGACCGGACUCAUUCUGCCAGUCAGCUGCAAGAGAUUUAUAGGCAUCUUGGAAAUGGUGAAGAAUCCAAUAGUGAGGCUGAUCAUGUGACUAUGGCAGGGAGGAUUGUUGCACGUAGAGCCUUUGGGAAGCUUGCCUUCUUGACACUGCGAGAUGACUCCGGGACAAUUCAGCUUUACUGCGAGAAGGAGAGGCUUGCAAGUGAUCAGUUUGAACAGCUAAAAACAUUUGUUGAUAUUGGUGAUAUACUUGGUGCAAGUGGCUCAAUAAAACGCACAGAGAAAGGGGAGCUAUCUAUUUAUGUGAAUUCUUUUUCAAUUCUUACAAAAUCUCUCCUUCCGCUUCCAGACAAGUAUCACGGUCUUACUGAUGUGGAUAAACGCUAUCGACAAAGGUAUGUAGACAUGAUUGCAAAUCCUGAGGUGGGUGAUGUAUUUCGAAAGAGAGCAAAAAUUAUAUCAGAGAUACGCAAGGCAGUGGAAUCUUUAGGUUUUAUUGAAGUUGAAACUCCAGUUCUGCAGGGAGCAGCUGGUGGAGCAGAAGCAAGGCCGUUUGUCACAUAUCAUAAUUCCCUGGAAAGGAAUCUGUACUUGAGAAUUGCAACUGAGCUUCACUUGAAGAGAAUGUUGGUUGGGGGAUUUGAGAAAGUCUAUGAAAUUGGUCGAAUAUUUAGAAAUGAAGGAAUUUCAACACGUCAUACUGAAUUUACAACAAUAGAGAUGUAUGAAGCCUAUUCAGAUUAUGAAAGCAUGAUGAACAUGGCAGAAGAAAUUGUUACUCAAUGUGCGCUUGCAGUUCAUGGAAAGCUCACAAUUGAUUAUCAGGGGGUGGAAAUACAUCUGGAUCGCCCAUGGAGGAGGGAAACAAUGCACAAUCUUGUUCUGGAAGCUACUGGAAUUAAUUUUAGUGAGUUGGGGAACGAUCUUAAAGUAGCCAAAGAUGUUGUUGUUAGGACACUUGGAGCUGGAAUUGAAAAUAAAGACAAAUCUACCAUUGAAGCAUGCCCCUCGCUCGGUCACCUCCUUAAUGAGGUUUUUGAAAUUGCUGUCGAACCAAAGCUUCUUCAACCCACAUUUGUCUUGGACUACCCUAUUGAAAUUUCUCCUCUUGCUAAACCGCAUAGAAGGAGCACAGGAUUGACUGAAAGAUUCGAGCUCUUCAUCUGUGGUCGUGAACUGGCUAAUGCAUUUUCUGAAUUGACUGAUCCUAUGGAGCAGAGGAAACGUUUGGAAGAGCAAGUAAGGCAGCAUAAUGAGAAGAGAGCAGCAGCUGUUAUGCAAAUUGAUUCUAAAGAAGAACCCGUGAAGGAAAAUGAAGAUGAUUCUUACGAAGUGACUCUUGAUGAUGACUUUUUGACUGCUUUGGAGUAUGGAAUGCCUCCAGCUUCAGGAAUGGGACUUGGAAUUGACAGGCUUGUGAUGCUUUUGACAAAUUCUGCCAGCAUCCGAGAUGUUAUUGCGUUUCCUGUUCUGAAAGUUCAGUCGUAACAUUGCAGCAGGUUUCUUUUCCAUUGGCAAUUAUGGAUAUAGGUUUAUUUUUGAGUGUCAGGUUAUAUUGAAGUUGAAAAAUGGUUUUGGUGCGCUUGCAUCUCAUUACUCUUUUGGGGCAGUGCUUGUGCUGAAUCUGUAGGAAAAUUUUUGUCUCUGUAUACAAAUUAUUUAUUUAAAGCAUAAAGAGAAGAUUUUUGUCUAUAA